AUGUCGACCCGUUUAUUUCGAGGAAUCUCAUGUCAAAAGUACAUUUCUCAGAGUCUUGUGCACUCUAGAUUAUAUACCGCACCAGCCCAUUCAUUGAAACGAACGAUCGAUGAGAAACGAAAGGAAUCUAUUCAAGGCGGAGGCAAAACAAAGAGGGAUGCUCAGCACAACAAGGGAAAACUGACUGCCCGAGAACGGUUAGACCUUUUACUAGACAAGGGAACCUUUCGAGAAUAUGAUGCAUUUGUUGAGCAUCAGUGCACGGAUUUUGGUUUGGAUGCCAAAAAGAUUGCAGGCGAUGGCGUCGUGACUGGGCAUGGAACGAUCCAUGGCCGUAGAGUGUUUGUAUAUAGUCAGGACUUUACAGUAUUUGGUGGCAGUCUGUCACGUACAAAUUCACUAAAGAUCCUCAAAGUCAUGGACCAAGCUGUGGUAGUUGGUGCUCCAAUUAUCGGGCUUCAGGACUCGGGUGGAGCACGUAUUCAAGAAGGUGUUGAUUCACUGGCGGGUUAUUCAGAUAUAUUUCAAAAAAACGUGUUGGCUUCUGGAGUAGUGCCUCAAUUGUCACUUGUAAUGGGACCGUGUGCAGGUGGUGCGGUCUAUUCACCCGCAUUGACGGAUUUCAUUUUUAUGGUGCGUGAUACUUCACACAUGUUCGUUACCGGACCAGAUGUCGUCAAGACCGUGACAAAUGAAAAGGUCGAUCAAGAAGUAUUGGGCGGGGCAAUCACUCACACGCGAAAGAGUGGUGUGGCCCACAAUGCCUAUGCCAAUGACAUUGAAGCACUUCAAAGGAUGCGUGAUUUCUUUGACUAUUUGCCGCUUUCUAAUCGAGACCAGGUGCCUGUUCGAGUUUGUGAAGACCCACUAGACCGAGAAGAUGCUGCACUAGACACAAUUGUACCGACACACUCCAAUGUAGCGUACGACAUGCAAGAAGUAAUUUCAAGAAUCCUCGACAAACACUCUUUCUUUGAACUUGCACCAGAAUACGCCGGAAACAUUAUUGUUGGCUUGGGUCGUUUGGGAGGCAAGACGGUUGGAGUGGUGGCCAACCAGCCGCUGGUGUCAUCCGGUGCACUGGACAUUGAUGCUUCUGUCAAGGCGGCUCGGUUCAUUAGAUUCUGCGACGCAUUCAAUGUCCCGCUUGUGACCCUGGUGGAUGUACCGGGUUUUAUGCCCGGCACAGCCCAGGAGCACGGUGGAAUUAUUCGCCAUGGUGCAAAGCUCUUGUAUGCCUAUUGCGAGGCGACCGUACCAAAAUUGACUGUCAUUACCAGAAAAGCGUAUGGUGGAGCAUACAUUGUGAUGAGUUCCAAACAUUUACGAGGAGAUUACAAUGUGGCAUGGCCCUCAGCUGAAAUUGCUGUCAUGGGCGCAUCAGGUGCAGUUGAAGUAAUCUUUAGAAACCAUCAUGACAAGCCAAAAAUGGAAGCUGAAUACCAAGAGAAAUUUGCAACACCACUGUCAGCAGCAAGACGAGGAUAUCUAGACGAUAUUAUACAGCCGAGAACUACACGGGCUCGUUUAAUAGAGCAGUUGGAUCUGUUAAAGACAAAGUCUAUCCAGAAUCCAUGGAAAAAACAUGGCACAAUCCCUCUUUAA